AUGCAGGCCGAACCAGACGACAGCGACAAGCAGCCAUUCACCAUUCACACGAAUGGCUCCUUAAUAAGGCUUGCUGAAUUAGCAGAACCAAACAAAGAAGUAGCGGCUCUGGAGCACAGGUUGGCGGACACAGGAGCGGAGGCUGUCAGUGUCGAGCGCCCUCACGAGUCCUCCAGCUUCUUGGUAUCCCUGCCUUCCUCCGCCCUCACUGCUCUUUCCACCACGGCCAACGGCCUGCAAGCUGCUGUGAGCGACAUACAGUCAGCUGUGAUUGACAUUGGGUCGGCUGCAAAUAGCAUCCAGUCAGCGGUGAAUGGUAUUGGGUCGGCUGUGAAUGGCAUCCAAGCUGAAAUUCGCCGGUACCCUUCCAGCCUGCCUGCCUCUGCCUCCUCUCUCCUCAACAACGCCAUCUCUGACCUCCAGGAUGCAUGGCAGGCAGUGGCGCAGGAGAGUGACGAGAGAGCUCGUCAGUUGACUGGCUUAGUGGUAUCUGAAACCAUGCUUCCGCAGCAAAAUGAGAAGAAUCGGUUGCAGCAGGCAGUCCAGCAGAAGCAGCCAAGUGCAACGAGGGCGGAGCAAUCACAAGAGCAAAAACAAGAAGCCUCAAUGGCGGGACAGCAACCGCAGGAGCAGCAGCAGCAGCAGCAGCAGCAGCAGCAGCAGCAGCAGCAGCAGCAGCAGCAGCAGCAGCAUGGAUUGCCAGGCCAAGUGGCGUUGGAGCGACCAUUCUAUGCGUACAUAUCAAAUGUGUGCGUAUCAAACAAAUUCAGGCGACAAGGGAUUGCUGCAGCUCUCAUGCGUGCUGCAGCUGAUGUUGCAGCAGAAUGGGGUGCUGAAGAGGUAUAUGUCCAUGUUCAUGCAUCAAACACAGCUGCACAUCACCUCUACCACCAGCUGGGCUAUCAGAGCUCCAGGCCAAAGGUCAUCUGCACCCAUCGUCAAGCUGCUGUCUGUGCUGCUGCCAGCGUUGGGAACGUGAGUAGGCUGAGGUAUAGGAACAUUUGA